AUGACCAUGCUCGCAGCCCAGGUCGCGGAAUGGGGCGCCUCUCCAAAGGCCGUCCAGGUGCCGCUGCCCGCCACGCCGACCGACGACUCUAUGGUCCAAAUCCGCGUCCGCGCAGCAGGCCUACAUCAACUCGUCCGCACCCGUGCCGCUGGAAAGCACUACACAGCCGUCUCUCUGCCGCACACACCUGGCGUGGACGGCACUGGAGUUGAUGUGAGCACCGGCAAGCAGGUUUACUUUAACACGCUGGGCGCUGGAACGGGCACCUUCGCCGAGCUGGUCAAUGUGCCACGGAGCAGCGUCGCCGAACUGCCGAGCGGGGUGGAUGCCGUGCAGGCAGCGGGGCUGAUGAACCCCGUCAUGAGCAGCUGGAUGGCGCUACGGCAGAGAGUCGAUUUUAUCAAGAGUGGCCAGAAGAAGGACUGGUCGUGCUUCAUCUUGGGGGCCACGAGCAUGAGCGGUAAAUUGGCCAUCAAAGUGGCCAGGAUGCUCGGAGCGACCCGAGUCAUCGGCGCUGGGAGGAACGAAGCCGCACUGAAGACGCUCGGCCUAGAUGAGAUUAUCGUUUUGAAAGAAACCCCCCUAGACACAGACUUCGGUGUCGCCGCAGACGUCGACGUGGUGCUAGACUACCUCUACGGGCCGUGGAUCGGCGCCUAUCUCGGCUCGCCGACGACGCGCGCGGGCACGACGCCGCUCACCUGGGUGUGCAUCGGGUCGAUGGCCGGGCUGGACGGCGCGGUGCCGGCGGCGGGGCUGCGGCAGCGGGACGUGUCGGUGCGGGGCUCCGGGCCGGGCGCUUGGAGCACCGAGACGCUGGACGCCGAGGCUGCGGGCAUGCUGGGCGUGUUGGACGGCGUGCGGGAGGAGGGUAUCCGCGAGGUGCGCAUGGAGGAUGUCGAGGCCGAGUGGACGAGCGGCGGCAAGGGAAGGGUUAUAUUUGUGCUGGGGGAUGUGAAGGGGGAGCUGUGA